CUCGUUCAUCCUGAAACCAUCACUACAUAUUACUUUCUCUCUCUUUGUCCCACUGUAUGUUUCCGUUGUUUUUUCUGGCUCACUAGUUUCUCUCACUUUCUUUUUCCAAGAGAAGAAGAUAACUUUUUGUUUGUUUAUUACUGAGCACAGUAUUUAUCUCUCCUUCUCUGUGACCACUAACCAAACUGAAUGUCCUAUGUAUCAGCCUUGUACUGGAAGUCGAAUUGGGCAGUGAACUUUUGCAGGGGGCAGUCUUCUCACCAUCACAGGGACUCCGCUGAGUGAAAUAACCCAAAACCUCCCUUGAGCGAUGGUCGUUUGACUCUUCCACGGCAACUGCGUAACUAUGGAGUGCAGGCAUGGGGCAGAAACUUGGCAAAAAACAAACAGUCUGUUUUCAUCUGAGAGGGGCAGCUGAAGAGUAACUUUAAAGUGGACUGAAAAAGAAGAGGAGGGACGUUUGUAGCUUUCUUUCCAUUGCUGGGGAAUGAAUGUUCAGCUGCAGAUGACAGGAAUGGAUAAAGAAUACAAAGAGAGAAGUUUUUUUUUUACAUGUUUUUUUUGUAGCAUCUUCACACUCUAUACAAUGUGUCAAUGGAAGAGAAAAUUUGCCUUUUUAAGGAUUACCGCUGUGGAAGUAACUGCUGGUUAUCAAAGCUGUCGACAAUAGCAGGAGUGUGUGUGUCGUAGUGUUUUGGUUAUGUGAGCGUGUUCUGGCAGUUGUGUCAGGACCUUGGUGUGUGUGCGUAUUUAUGUAGCUUUUGCAAUUCAGUGUGUGUGAUGCGUGGCUGUGAGACCACUAGCUGUCUAUCUGUCCUUCGGGCCGACAGACACAGGGAGGGACAGACAUGUGUUUCCAUGGCAAUGAGCGGCUGUAGCCCCUUCCCCAUGUGUUGGGAUAGAGAAUAUGACAGACACCUAGCAGCAACAGUGUCGGCUGGGAAAACCAUGGCGACAGCCUACUUGGACCCCAACCUGAACCAGGCCCUCCUGGGAGGCGCCAAGUCACGGCUGAGCGCGGGGGGGUCAGACCGAACCAUGGCCGGCUCCGUGGACAGGGUUCUGAAAGUCUUCCAUCACUUUGAGACCAACACUGAACACAGCUGCUGGUCCUCCAAUAUCCGAUAUGGAGAUGCAACCGAUGUCAGGGGAAUCAUCCAGAAGAUUCUGGACAUCCACAAAGUGCGCUGGACGUCUUGUUUUGGCCUGCGUCUCAGCAACAGCCAAUCCAGAGACCAGGUGCACUGGCUCCACCCCGAUAUGGGCGUGUCCCACGUCAGAGAAAAAUAUGACCAGUCGCGACCAAACGAGGAGUGGAGGUAUGAGUUAAGGAUCCGGUAUCUUCCAAAGGGCUUUGUGCAACAGUUUACAGAAGACAAACCUACACUCAACUACUUCUACCACCAGGUGAAGAAUGACUACAUGACAGAGAUUGGCGAACAAGUGGAACAAGAUGUAGCUCUCAAACUGGGCUGUCUAGAAAUCAGGAGGUUUUUCAAAGAGAUGAGAGGAAACGCCUUGGACAAGAAAUCCAACUAUGAACUAUUGGAGAAAGAUGUUGGUUUGAGGCGCUUUUUCCCUAAAGACCUGUUGGAUUCUGUCAAGGCUAAAACUCUUCGGAAGUUGAUCCAGCAGACGUUUAAGCAGGUAGCCAAUCUCAACGAUGAACAGUGCAUCCUUAAGUUCUUGGAGAUACUUGCACCAAUCUACCGCUAUGACAAGGAGUGCUUCAAAUGUGCCCUUGGGUCCAGCUGGGUGAUCCAGGUAGAGUUAGCUAUUGGGCCAGAGGAAGGGAUCAGCUACCUCACUGACAAGGGAUCCACGCCCACCCAUCUAGCUAACUUUAACCAGGUUCAGUCCAUCCAGUAUUCUGCUAUGGAGGAGAAGGACAGGAAAGGGAUGCUACAGCUCAACGUAGCCGGAGCUGCUGAGCCUCUGACUGUUACGACAGCAUCACUGACCAUGGCAGAGAACUUGGCUGACUUGAUUGAUGGUUACUGUCGGCUCAUCUCCAUGGAAACUCAUUCAUUCAUCGUCAGAUUUCAGAAAGAGGGAGAGAGAGCACUGCCUUCAAUCCCAAAAGUGUCCAAUAAUGAGAAAAAGUUAGAAGCAGUCAGAAGUGGAAUAAGAGCCAUCUCUGUCUCAGAGGAUCUUAGUGGGGAUGAGACUGAUGACUAUGCUGAGAUAGUUGAUGAAGAGGACACAUACACCAUGCCCUCCAUCAGCUAUGGAGUAGUUGAAGCACGGGAUUAUGAGAUCCAGAGGGACAGGAUAGAGUUGGGCCGCUGUAUAGGAGAGGGUCAGUUUGGAGAUGUACACCAAGGAGUCUAUAACACCCCGGACAAACCAGCUCUACCUGUCGCCAUUAAGACCUGUAAGAACUGUACAUCGGACAGCGUCAGAGAAAAGUUCCUACAAGAAGCAUUAACAAUGCGUCAGUUUGACCAUCCUCACAUUGUCAAGCUGAUUGGAGUGAUCACGGAAAACCCAGUUUGGAUCAUCAUGGAGCUGUGCACGCUUGGAGAGUUACGUUCAUUCCUUCAGGUGAGGAAGUACAAUUUGGACUUAGCCACUCUCAUUCUGUUCGCCUACCAGCUCAGCACUGCGCUCACAUAUCUGGAGAGUAAACGCUUUGUGCACAGGGACAUAGCAGCACGCAAUGUGUUGGUCUCUUCAGUCGACUGUGUGAUGCUCGGAGACUUUGGUCUGUCACGAUACAUGGAGGACAGCUCUUACUAUAAAGCUUCUAAAGGUAAACUUCCUAUUAAAUGGAUGGCUCCCGAAUCUAUAAACUUCAGAAGAUUUACCUCUGCCAGUGAUGUCUGGAUGUUUGGUGUGUGUAUGUGGGAGAUCUUGAUGUAUGGCAUCAAGCCUUUCCAGGGUGUGAAGAACAAUGACGUAAUUGGCAGGAUAGAGAACGGCGAGCGUUUGGCUAUGCCUCCUCAGUGCCCGCCCACCCUCUACAGUUUGAUGACCAAAUGUUGGUCGUAUGACCCGAGCAAGCGACCGCGAUUCACUGAACUCAAAACACAACUCAGCACCAUACUGGAGGAAGAGAAACUUCAACAAGAGGAGAGACUUCGAAUGGAGAUGAGGAGACAAGUCACCGUGUCCUGGGACUCUGGAGGGUCUGAUGAAGCGCCGCCUAAACCCAGUAGACCGGGUUACCCAAGUCCUCGUUCCAGCGAAGGCUUCUUCUCUGGCCCCCCACUCAACCACUUCCCGCCAUCAGCCCAUAGCGGUGUUGGAGGAGUAGGAGGCAGCUACCCUCCUUCUGAUUCCUGGAGUCAACACAGACCUGAACACAUUGCACUGUGGAGCCCUAACAUGGAGGAUGGUGGCUGUGUAGGCCAGGCUAUGAUGGAGGAGAGACUGAUGAUGCAGCAACAGCAGAUGGAGGAUGACCAGCGGUGGCUGGAGCAGGAGGAAAGCUUCAUGGUCAUGAAGACAGAAUCCAGAAACAGCAGAGGAAGCAUCGACAGAGAGGACGGCACACUGCAAGCACCGGGUGGAAGCCAACACAUCUACCAGCCUGUAGGAAAACCAGGUGAGACAAUGAGCACACAUACAUACUUAAGGAAAAGAAGUGAUUUGACACUGAAAACAGAACUGUCGAAAUUAAGUGUGCUGCAUUCAAGUAAAGUGCACAAGUAUUGUCCACAAAAAUGUACCAAAGGUAAAACUACCCAUUGUACAGGGUUGCCCUUUUCAAAGACAAAGAUGGUGAAGACUAAUUUAUUAUUAAUAAUAAAAUGGUGUAAAAUGUCUGUUUUUAGUGGUUCAUUGAAAUUGUCGUACUUUUUCUCAUUGGUCCAGUUGCAGCCUCAGGAGAUCAGCCCACCCCCCACCGCUAACUUGGAUCGCUCCAACGACAAAGUGUACGAGAAUGUGACAGGAUUGGUUAAAGCUGUGAUUGAGAUGUCCAACAGGAUUCAACCCGCAGCCCCAGAGGAGUACGUGCCAAUGGUCAAGAUUGAGAUGGCUCAGAAGUUGUUAAAUUCAGAUCUGGCCGAGUUAAUAGCGAAGAUGAAGCUGGCCCAACAGUAUGUCAUGACAAGUUUACAAAAGGACUACAAGAAACAGAUGCUAAUGGCAGCUCACGCCCUCGCAGUGGACGCCAAGAACCUGCUGGAUGUCAUUGACCAAUCACGACUCAAGAUGAUCCGCCCACAUUAGUUUCUGUUGCUCUGUAGAUGGAGUGUGCCGUAGCUCUCAGCCAAUCACAAAGAGAAGAGAACAUUUUAGAUGGAUAUCAGUGACGGACGGAUUAUUGAAUGAACUGAUGAACAGCGAACAUAUGACUGACUAAAACAAUCCGCUUCCUCUUCUUCUCCUACAAACAUUCAUCGUUUAGGUUUUUUCUCUAUGGAAACGGUCAUGUUUUAGUCAAUAUUGCGUCAUUUUGUACUUUUGUUGUAUUACUUGCUUUCGUAUCCUGAGUAACUCCCCAUCAAGUAUCCUCGAAGAUGAGUUUAUUUCUUUCUUACUUUUUUUUUUUUGAAUCAUCCAUUACUACUUUUUAAUCUUUGAUGAAAGUGAAUCAAACAAAGGUUUCAGAGGCUUGCUUGAAGGACUGCAGAUAUAUUUUGGUGAAUGGACGCACCAAGAUUUGCCACAUGAACACAACUAACACGCUCCACACAUGCAGGAUGUAACAACUGGAACUGAAGAGCCAGGAUGAGGACGAUAAUGAAGAUGACAUGAUAACGUUGUUGUUUGAACAUGCUUUUAUAUCAUUAUUAAUUAAUAUUAUUACUAUUUUCAGCUUUGACUCUAACAGUAUGUCUCUAUGUUUAGUUUUCCUCUUGAAAAAGUAAUUGAUUUACAGAUAUUCAUAAAAGUCAUAAUUUCAUCUCUUUUUUUUCCACCUUCUCUUCUCUAGAUCUCUUUAUCUCAGGCACAGAGAGAUGGCGUAACAAUGAAAUAUGAAAUAUGUAUUUUGAAGAACAGACUAAAUGUCACAGGCCACUUUUUAAGUUAACUUGCAUAGUAAAUAUACAAAGAAGCUAUAUUUUUAACAUGUUUCUGAGGCAUGAAUUGUUAGUGAAUAAGGGAGAGGGAUGAACAGGUGGAAAAGUGAAGGGAGGGGGGGGUUAUACUGUACAGUAGGUCACCCUGUGCCAAAUGAACUGCAAUUGACUAAAAAGGAACGUUUUACUCAAAUGGUAUUGGUUUACUCAUUAAUCAACAUUUUACACAGCACCUUGCAUGCUAUUUUGUUUGUAUGUUGAAGCCAAAUUGUCAUGUUGUGGUUCCUUCUAUCCUAUUUGUCCUCCCACAAAUGUUCACUCAGCAAUAUGCAAGCUUUCAGUUACGCCAUCAUUGUCAAAUCUCCAGUAGAAUUCAACAUCAAUAAUAUUCUGUCUGUCUUUUGGGGGGGAAUUACAGUUGCAGUUUCUUGUUUUACUCCCCACAAAUCCAGGGACGGAUGCACACCUUGCUGGCCAAAAAUUAUGAUUGAUUUGCUCUUCAUCUCCUCUCCUUAAGUCCUUCUGCUUUUCUUCUUUGUCUUUCUACCUCUCUUCACUGGAGGUAUUUAUACCUUUAUUUCCUCUCCUCCUCACUCACCCCCACAUUUCUACUUGUCCUCCCUCUGUUACACCCCUUGUCUUCCUCUGAUUCUCUCUCCAUUCCACUGUUCCCUCUCUCCUGAGGUGAGCAGUAUUCUCAGGAAGGAGUCACAUGUACAGUUGCUAAAGCAGCGCAAAUAAAAACACUGUUAUCAUUAAGAAAUA